ACCCUGGGAUGUAUCCUCAAGUUAACGGUCCAAACCCAGGGAUGUAUCCUCAAACUACCACUGUAACAACCACAGUGAUGCUUCCCAGCCUGCGUGAUUUACCCGCUCAAACCAUGUGCCCUCACUGUAAGCACCAGGUGAUCACUAUAACAGAUCACUACUCUGGACUCAUGGCCUGGCUGGCCUGUGGCUGUCUUGCCCUCAUCGGGUGCUGGCCGUGCUGUCUAGCACCUUUCUGGAUGGAUUCAUGUAAAGAUGUUGAGCACCGCUGCCCAAACUGCAACAACAUCUUGUCUUUCUACAAGCGCCUGUGAUCUGGAUUCAAACAUGUCCCUCUUGAUCUUUGAUUUGAAUGGGAUAUAAUGGGUAUAAAAGACAAAGGAAAGUGUCUAUGCGACAUUAAAUUCCAACGCGGGUGAUUUCAAAUAAUUUCACACAAAUAAUUAUCACUUAACCAAAUGCAACUAUUACGACACAUGUAGUAAGACUAUAUGGUAAGUGUUUACA